AUGACUACACCUGGCCCCCUGCCCAAUACACUCCUAACUUUGCUCCCUUACGAACUCAUCUGCCGGAUUUGCGAAUACCUCCCCAUCGAUGCCAUCAUCGCCCUUAGCGCAACCAGUCGAUCCCUUCGGUACGUGCGCUCGCUCCGUGUCGCAAGCCAGGCUGAGGUCCCGGCCUGCGCCCGCUGGGCUAUCCGCAGGUACUUCAAUCCGCCGCAACUACCAAAAGAACACCAGCUCUGCCUACUAUGCUAUCAGGUAACACCGUUGUACAUGUUUUACGCGCACGGUAGCAGAUGGGCGCGUUGGAAUUCCUCUGACCUCUCGAAGGCGCAGGAACAAAAUGAUGACGCAGUCACGGCUGACGAUGGGAUAAUUAUACCACUGCCGCGGGGCGUGUGCACAAGACACAUUCCCACGGUUUUUGUGAGCGUCGUCUAUACGGGGCCAGAGGGGCCAUGCGGGUGGACCAGUGAGAUGGGUCAUUUGUGUUUGCAUUGUCGCAAGACGUGGGGGACGGAAGCGACGGGGCAGAAGAAAUGUGACUGUGAGUGCGGUCAUUGUCCUGUUGUAGAUGCGAGGUUAUAUACGCGCGUCAUGGUGAGGGAGUUUGGUGGUGGGCAAUUUGAGUUUUGGCGGGAGGAAAAGGCGCCGCGGGAAUUGUGGGUUCAUGAUUUCGCAUGGCCGGAGCGUUCGCAUCGUGUGGGGCGGAAGGAUGGGCAGAGUUCAUCGUGA